AUGCCGCGCGUUAAAAGUGUUGUUUCUAAGGUUUAUAAAAGUCCUAGACGUCCCUUCGAGAAAGAGCGCCUUGAUCAGGAGUUGAAAUUAAUUGGAGAGUUUGGUUUGAGAAAUAAAAGGGAAGUUUGGCGUGUGAAAUAUACACUUGCAAGAAUCCGAAAAGCUGCUAGAACAUUGCUAACACUAGAAGAAAAAGAUCCAAGGCGUUUAUUUGAAGGUAAUGCCUUAUUACGUCGUUUGGUACGUAUCGGUGUGUUGGGUGAAGAUCGCAUGAAACUUGAUUAUGUGUUGGGUCUAAGAGUUGAAGAUUUCUUAGAACGUCGUCUUCAAACUCAGGUUUUCAAGCUGGGCUUGGCGAAAUCUAUCCAUCAUGCCCGUGUUUUAAUAAGGCAGAAACACAUUCGUGUUCGGCGUCAAGUUGUAAAUAUGCCGUCGUUCAUUGUUCGCUUGGAUUCACAAAAGCAUAUUGAUUUCUCACUGAAAUCACCUUUUGGUGGUGGUCGUCCAGGUCGAGCAAAGAGACAUAUUUUGGCCGACGAAGGUGAUGCCACUGAUGGGGAUGAAUAG